AUGGCAGAUCCUACAAUAAGUGGGAACAACCUGUCAAGUUUGAUUGGGAAUAGUAUGGUUUCCUUUCAACACCUUGAUCUUUCUGAAACUCGUUUAGAAGGCCUCACACCUGAAACUUUUUGGAACAUGACUUCUCUUUCACACCUCAUUCUUUACAAGAAUGGGUUAGUUCCAUUCCUUAAGGUUUUUGCAACAUGGCAAGCCUAUGAUACCUUGAUCUUAGUGGAAACCUUUUUAUUAGUUCCAAAAUGUUUGGGGAACAUGACUCUCCUUGAACACCUCGAUCUUUGCGAUAAUGAUUUUGUUGGUUCCAUCCCUGAAGCUUUUGGUAACUUGGUUACCUUUACAUACCUCAAUCUUAGCACCAACUAUUUAAAUGAUUCCAUUCCAAAAUUUUUGGGGAACAUGACUCUUUUUAAAUUCAUUGAUCUUCAUGAUAAUUCUUUUAAUGGUUCGAUUCCCAAAGAUUUUGGCAACAUGGCUACCCUUACAUACCUUGAUCUUGGGAUGAACUAUUUCAAAGGUUCCAAUUUAAUAACUUUUGAGAACUUAGAAGGUCCAAUUCUUGAAGCUUUUGGGAAUAUGUCUGCCCUCGAACAACUUGAUCUUAAGAAUAACAAACUUGCAGAUAACCUUUUAGAAGGUGUCAUUUCCAAAGCUCAUUUUUCGGAACUAUUAAAACUGAAUGUCCUGGAUUUUUGUUUGAACAAAUUGAUUUUCAAUGUAAGUUAUGCUUGGGUUCCUCGUUUCAGAUUGGAUACAAUAUGCCUUAAUUCUUCCAAGUUGGGUCCUAAAUUCCCAAGAUGGCUUCAAACUCAGGAUGUAUAUAGUUGGCUUGAUAUUUCCAACACUAGAGUUUCAGAUUCAAUUCCCAGUUGGUUUUGGGACCACCGAAAUUUAAUUGACAGUGUUAAUCUUUCUAACAACCAGCUUAGUGGAAUGAUUGGGAAUCAUUCAUAUUUCUCUACAAAUGCAAUAGAUUUGAGUUCCAAUCAAUUAGAAGGAGCAGUUCCAAUGACAACUGCCUUUGUCGUUGAAGGAAUGCGAAAACUUGGUAGUUUUGAUGUGGGAGGCAAUAAACUAUCAGGAGCAAUACCAGCUUGGAUAGGAGAAACACUACAGGAUCUUGUGAUCCUUAACCUCAGAUCCAAUCAUUUGUAUGGAAACUUCCCAUCAAGUCUUUGUCAUCUGCUGCAUCUUCAAUUGUUGGAUUUGUUUGUAAACAACAUCUCUGGAAGCAUUCCAAAAUGUCUCAACAAUUUUUUCGAAAUGAGAUAUAGCUAUAGUGCGAUUACUUCUACAACCAUUGAGCAUUUUUAUUACACCUUUAACCUUCGUGAGGGCUCAGUAGGUGCCACUUAUGUAGACCAAAUAGAGGUAAUGUGGAAAGGGGUUGUGUCAGAAUAUGGAAAAACUUUGGGACUUGUAAAGGGCAUAGAUCUGUCAACCAAUAUGCUUAACGGGGAAAUUCCACCAGAAAUCACCGAGCGUGUUGGAUUGAUUUAUUUCAAGUUAUCCAGAAAUAAUUUAAGUGGAAAAAUCCCUGCAGAGAUUGGUAACCUGAAAUCAUUAGAUUUUCUUGAUUUGUCAAAUAACCAGUUUUCAGGUCAGAUUCCUCCAACCCUCCGUUUGAUUGAUCGCCUUAGUGUGCUGAACUUGUCCAACAACAACUUUCAGGGAAAAUUCCAAUAA